AGGGGAGGGGAGAGAGGAGAGAGACGAGGCGGAAUAGGGGGAGAGCGAAGUGAGAGAGGGAGAGACGACGAAGACGAAAUCGGUCGAUCCACCGAUCGCGAUUGGCGAGAGAGGACGAGGAAGCUCUCCCAUUUUGGACAUGGUGUUCCUGAAUCCCUGCGUCCAAAUGGCUUCGUUCCACCCAAAGAAGUCGGUCAAGCCAAUCGGUGCCCGCCUAAAGAUUGAGAGUUACUGACCUGAUUCCGAUCGAUUCCUGGAAGGAGGAGGUGGAUAGAUCCUUCCGGGCCAUCUGACGACUUGGUCGUUGUGUUCCGUCUGUUCUUCUUGCCCUCGCUGCGGUUGGAUCCGUUGAAGGCGUGGCCGGAAGGGUACGUUGGGAUCUAGGUGGGAUUGGAUCUAGGAUCAGGUUUGGCGGAGGGAGCGCGGGUGGUCCGUGCGUCGGAUGAGGACCGCCCAUGUUCCAGUCGUCAAGAAAAACAAUGAAAUGGUCGUCUUUGCUUAAAGAUCUCAGGGAGAAGGUCGGGCUUUCUGGGUCGCAGUCGCCGUCGGAGUUCACCUAUCCAUCCCCUUCUUUCUCCCCUUCUGUUGAAUAUGGUGGCGCUGGCACAACUGAAUCGGCCCCAGCGUCUGUGUAUGGAUCGCCCGUAUCGUCCCCUGCAAGGGGAAAGAUUGAACUUGAAUUGGAAUUCAAGAAGUUCUGGGAAGAAUUCCGCAGUUCCAGCUCUGAAAAGGAGAAAGAAACAGCACUGGAUAUGGCUGUAGAUGCAUUCUGUAGAUUGGUUAAGCAGCAGACUGAUGUAGCCCAGUUAAUUACCAAGUUUGUAGAAGUACACAUAUUUUCUUUUGUUGUUGGGAGGGCCUUUGUAACGGAUGUUGAGAAGCUAAGAAUCUAUAGCGAAGGAAAUUCUUUGUUUGACACAAACAUAAUAAGUUUUUUUUCUGAAGUUAAGGAUGGGCUUACUCGUGGUUCUAAUUUGUUAUAUGCUGUAGAAGUUCUUGUGACAGCGGCACUUGACAAGCAAUCGCUGUUGGACUCUGGCAUUUUAUGUUGUCUUAUUCACAUUCUCAAUGCACUUCUCAAUCCUAGAACAUCGAAAGGAGAAAAUACUGAUAGCUUGGAAGACCCGAAGAAAAGUGAAAAAAAUGCAGAUGAUAGAGAUGCUUUUCAAAUUCGACAACUUGAGAUAGAGGGAAGUAUUGUACACAUUAUGAAGGCAUUAGCAAGCCAUCCUUCAGCAGCACUGAGUUUGAUUGAAGAUGAUUCGCUUCAGCUUCUCUUGCAUAUGGUUGCAAAUGGUUCUUUGAAUGUAUUUGCCCAAUUCAAGGAAGGACUUGUUCCUCUGCAUACAAUUCAACUUCAUCGACAUGCAAUGCAGGUUUUGUUCUUUGCACAUGCAUUGUUUAAGAUACUUGGUCUUCUUCUUGCCAAUGACAAUGGAAGCACUGCAAAAUAUAUACGCAAGCAUCACUUGAUAAAAGUCCUUCUCAUGGCUGUAAAAGAUUUCAAUGCUGAAAAUGGUGAUGCUGCUUACACCAUGGGGAUAGUAGAUUUGCUACUUGAAUCUGUUGAAUUAUCAUAUAGACCUGAAGCUGGCUCCGUUAGGCUCAGGGAAGACAUUCACAACGCACAUGGUUAUCAAUUUCUUGUUCAGUUUGCUUUGACUCUUUCUAGCUUGAAGAAGGAUCAGGUUGUUCGUCCAGUCAAUUCAAACUUUCUACAUCAAGCAUCCUCCUCUCAAUUGGAUGGUUCUGAUGCAGCUAAUAGUUCAUCACUUCUGGAAAGCCAAAGUGAUACUUUACCAUCCCAACUUUCUCCAGCAUUGACAAGGCUUCUUGAUGUUCUUGUAAAUUUAGCACAAACAGGUCAAACAGAACCUACUUGCGCAAAAUCUUCAAAACAUUCUCAGAGUAGGAGUGCAAGCAAUAGAAGCUAUACAUCUUUUGAUAAGCAAAAUGAUGAGGAAAAAGGUAAUGCUAAGGUUAAAGAUCUUGAAGCAAUUCAGAUGCUUCAAGAUAUUUUUCUGAAGGCAGACAAUGUUGAACUGCAGGCAGAGGUGUUAAAUAGAUUGUUUAAAAUAUUCUCAUGUCAUCUUGACAAUUAUAUGCUCUGUCAACAACUGCGGACAUUGCCUCUCUUCAUUCUUAAUAUGGCAAGUUUCCCUGCAUCAUUGCAGGAGAUUGUUCUUAAAAUAUUGGAAUAUGCGGUAACUGUUGUAAACUGCACUCCUGAACAAGAAUUGCUUUCACUUUGCUGCUUAUUGCAGCAGCCAAUUUCAUUUAGUUUGAAACAUAUUAUACUAGCCUUCUUUGUUAAACUCCUGUCAUUUGAUCAGAAGUAUAAGAAGGUUCUCAGGGAAGUCGGUGUUUUGGAGGUUCUUCUAGAUGAUCUAAAGCAAAAUAGGUAUUUUUCUGGUCGAGAGCAGCAAAACAGUAUUUCUAGUGGCUUAAAGACCAAGUCAAAUACUGCAAGCUUCAAGAGACACAUUGACAACAAUGAUAUUAUUUUUACUUCACCAAAACCAGUAGGUUCUGCAUCAGGAAAAUAUUCUGUUUUUGAAGAUGAAGGUUCAAUAUCUGUAGCAUGGGAUUGCCUUUUUUCUUUGUUGAGGAGAGCUGAAUCCAACCAACAAGCCUUCCGAGCUUCCGAUGGGGUCAACAUCAUUCUACCAUUCCUGAUAUCUGAUCAUCAUCGAGCUGGUGUUCUUCGUCUUUUAUCUUGUUUGAUCAUUGAAGAUGCUCUUCAGGAUCAUCCAGAAGAGCUAGGUGCACUCAUUGAGAUUCUCAAGAGUGAUAUGGUAACAAGCAGUUCUGGAUCUCAAUACAAACUUCAAAAUGACGCAAAAUGUGACAUAUUAGGUGCACUUUGGCGUAUCCUUGGGGCAAAUAAUGCAGCACAGCGAGUAUUUGGAGAUGCCACUGGAUUUUCAUUAUUAUUGACCACAUUACAUGGCUUUCAGAGUAGUGAGCUUCAAGAUGUUCAAUCUUCUCUGAGUGUUUUUAGUUUUUUGAUGCGAGCCAUCACUGCUGGUGUAUCAAAUAACCCUGUAAAUAGAUUGAGACUCCAUGCCAUUAUGUUGUCCCAGACCAUUUAUGACCUACUAUGUGAAUCUGGUUUACUCUGUGUGGAAUGUGAGAAUCAAGUUAUCCAGUUGAUGUUUGAGCUUGCACUUGAGACUAUUCUCCCACCAUCUUCUGUGCUUGGGGAAAAUUAUUUUUCCUUCAACGCAUUAGAGGAUGAUACAAAUUCAUUUCUGACCACCUCUCUUGGUAUAUCUAGGAUUGAGGGAGAGCGGAUAUACAAUGCUAGUGCAGUAGCUAUUCUGGUACGCUCUUUGUUACUCUUUACUCCAAAAGUGCAGUUGGAUAUUCUGAGGUUUAUCGAUAAGCUUGCUCGUGCUGGUCCAUUCAAUCAGGAAAAUUUGACUUCAGUUGGAUGCAUUGCCAUCUUGCUGGAAACAAUUUGCCCAUUCCUUGAGGGCUCUUCUCCUUUGCUUACCCAUGCUUUGCGGAUCGUGGAAGUCCUGGGAGCAUUUAGACUGUCUUCUUCUGAACUUCGAAUUCUUGUGAGAUAUAUUCUUCUAUUAAAGACGAAAAGUUCUGCUAAUCUUCUUGUUGAUAUGAUGGAGAAAUUACUUCAAAUGGAAGACAGUAGGUCUGAGGGUGUUUCUUUAGCACCUUUUGUGGAGAUGGACAUGAGCAAAGUAGGUCAUGCAUCCAUCCAGGUGUCUUUAGGAGAAAGAACAUGGCCACCGGCUGCGGGGUAUACUUUUGUCUGUUGGUUUCAGUACCGAAAAUUGUUUAAAAAUCUCUCAAAAGAAUCAGAGCAAGGAUCCAAAACUGGAUCUAGCAAAAAAAAUGCCUCUGCUGGACAGGUGUUACGCAUAUUUUCUGUUGGAGCAGUGAAUGAUGGGAACACAUUAUAUGCAGAGCUCUACCUUCAUGAUAAUGGUGUUUUAACUCUAGCUACAAGCAGCUCUUGCUCUCUGUCUUUUCCUGGCAUAGAACUGGAAGAAGGAAAGUGGUAUCACCUUGCAAUUGUUCACAGCAAACCUAAUGCAUUAGCUGGACUCUUUCAAGCUAGCAUGGCAUAUGUCUACAUUAACGGAAAGCUGAUGCAUACAGGAAAGCUUGGCUACUCACUUUCUCCUGUUGGUAAAUCUUUGCAAGUUACUCUUGGCACACCAGCAGCUCAUGCAAAAAUCAGUGAUUUUUCAUGGAGGCUUCGUUGUUGUUAUCUUUUUGAGGAAGUGCUUACUUCAGGCAGUAUUUUUUUCAUGUAUAUUCUUGGUCGAGGGUACAGGGGAUUGUUCCAGGAUACAGAUCUACUAAGAUUUGCCCCAAACCAGGCCUGUGGUGGGGGCAGCAUGGCCAUCUUAUAUUCUUUGGAGUCUGAGUUGCCUGUUACUUCCAAUUCACAGCGACUUGAUAACUCUGUAAAACAGGGGACAUAUAAUUCUGAUCGCAGUGGGAUUGUUUGGGAUUUGGAAAGACUGACAAAUUUUUCUCUACAGCUGUCUGGAAAGAAGCUCAUCUUUGCUUUUGAUGGAACAUCCUCAGAAACAUAUCGAGCUUCUGGAACAUUGUCCUUGGUCAAUCUUGUUGACCCAACAUCUGCUGCUGCUUCCCCUAUUGGUGGUAUACCACGCUAUGGUCGUCUUUCCGGAGAUGUCUAUAUCUGCAACCAUUUCGUGAUUGGAGAUAGUGUACGUGUUGUUGGGGGAAUCCCUGUGGUGCUCGCUCUUAUUGAAGCUGCAGAAACUAAGGAUAUGCUACACAUGGUGUUAGAGUUACUUGCAUGUUCACUGCAUCAAAGUCCGCAGAAUGUCAAGGAUAUGCAAGCUUUAAGAGGAUAUCAUUUGCUGGCACUUUUUCUGCAACACAAAAUGUUAUUGUUUGAUAUGCAUUCUCUUGACAUAUUCUUCCAUAUUGCUGCAUGUGAAGCCUCCUUUGCUGAACCACAAAAGCUUCGAGCAAGCAGGACUAUUUACCAUGCUGGAACCUUACCAGAAACUAGUAUUGAUGAUCUUUCUUUGCCUAAAUUUUCUGAUGAUUUUUCUUCAGUUGGAUCACAUGGAGAAAUGGAUGAUAUCUCUGUACAAAAAGAUUCAUUUAGUCUUUUUUCUGAACUUGAAAAUACUGAGUUGUCUGAGGCAAACUCAAACUGUAUUGUUCUUUCAAAUGCUGACAUGGUUGAGCAUGUACUUUUAGACUGGACAUUGUGGGUGGAAGCUCCUGUUCCAAUUCAAAUUGCACUUCUUGGAUUUCUAGAACGCAUGGUAUCAAUGCACUGGUAUAGAAACCAUAACCUGACAAUCUUACGCCGGAUUAACCUGGUUCGGCAUUUGUUAGUUACCCUGCAACGAGGAGAUGUGGAGGUGAUUGUUUUAGAAAAGCUGGUAGUAUUGCUUGGUGUUAUUUUGGAGGAUGGAUUUUUAGCAUCUGAGUUAGAACUAGUCAUCAGAUUUGUUAUUAUGACCUUUGAUCCACCUGAACUGACUCCAAGGAGUCAUAUUAUUCGGGAACCUAUGGGAAAGCAUGUUAUUGUGAGAAAUAUGUUACUGGAGAUGCUUAUUGAUUUACAAGUUACUAUUGGUUCUGAAGAGUUGCUUGAACAUUGGCACAAGAUUGUCUCAUCUAAGUUGAUUGCAUUUUUUCUUGAUGAAGCUGUACAUCCAACUAGCAUGAGAUGGAUCAUGACCCUUCUUGGAGUUUGUCUCUCUUCUCCUACAUUUGCUCUCAAAUUUCGAAUAAGUGGAGGUUACCAAGGAUUGUCACGGGUUCUUCCAAGCUUUCAUGACUCCCCUGAAAUAUACUAUAUCCUCUUCUGUUUAAUAUUUGGUAAGGAUGUCUAUCCAAGAGUGCCUGAAGUCCGUAUGCUUGACUUCUUUGCACUUUUGCCAAAUGAUGGAAACUUUGGCGAGUUGAAAUUUGUGGAGCUCUUAGAAACAGUGGUUUCUAUGGCAAAAGCUACAUUUGAUCAAUUGAGUAUGCAGUCAAUGCUCGCACAUCAAGAGGGUAAACUAUCACUUCUUAGUCGUAGCUUAGUUGCAGAGCUUGUAGAUGCAACAACAGACACAUCAGGUGACCUACAAGGUGAAGCUCUAUUGCACAAAACUUAUGCAGCACGGUUAAUGGGUGGGGAAGCUGGGGCACCUAUUGCUGCUACUUCAAUUUUGCGUUUUAUGGUUGAUUUGGCAAAGACAUGUCCACCAUUCUCUUCUGUGUGCCGGCGUGCGGAGUUUCUCGAAAGCUGUGUUGACCUAUACUUUUCUUGUGUAAGGGCUGAUUGUGCAUUAAAAAUGGCCAAGGAUCUUGCAGCUGUGGCAGCAGAGGUGAAGAAUGAUGUUGAUGAUGAUGAGGGCUCGGAGAACUCAUUCUUGAGCUUGCCUCUGGAGAAUGCUCAAUCUGUGAAAACUUCCAUGAGUGCUGGAAGCUAUCUUCAAGAGCACAAAAGUACUAGCUCAGGGUAUGUAGGUGGGUCUCCUAAUCAUCCUUUUGCUGAUGUUGAUCUUAAAAAAUCUUUUAGCGAAGAAGGUGGCCAAGCUGUUCAAAGUCCUGAUGCACAGAUUUUUAGUCAGAUGCCUGUUGCUUAUACUGCUACUGAGCUAAAGCUUCUUGAUUCCAAUGGGAGUGAAGUUCCCAAUCAAGAAACUGAUUCACUUAGUACCUCCUCCAUCAAUAUGCCUAGUUCUCCAGCUCUUUCAGACAAUUCAAACACAAAAUCUGGAGCAACAUCCACUGCAUCUCCUGUUCUUGCUUUGACAUCCUGGCUUGGCAGCACAAGUACCAGUGAUUCAAAAGUGAAAUUAACUGCUACUCCAUCCAUGAGAUCAUCUUUUUCAUUAAACGAUGAGUCAUCUCCUGAUUUACAUGAAUCAUCUGCUACAAGCAUGUUCUUUCCUAUAAAUUCAAAGCUAUUACUUGAAAUCGAUGAUUCGGGUUAUGGUGGUGGUCCUUGUUCUGCAGGGGCCACUGCUGUCUUAGAUUUCAUUGCGGAGAUUCUUGCUGAUAUUGUCUCAGAACAACUGAAAGCAACCCAACUUGUGGAAAAUAUUUUAGAGUCUGUUCCACUUUAUGUGGACAUCAAGUCUACUUUAGUUUUCCAAGGAUUGUGUUUAAGUAGAUUGAUGAAUUUCCUUGAAAGGCGUCUCUUGCGUGAUGAUGAAGAUGAACAGAAGCUUGAUAAGAAUCGUUGGACAGUAAACCUUGAUUCGCUUUGCUGGAUGAUUGUAGAUCAGGUGUAUAUGGGAUCUUUUCCAGAGCCAAUUAGCGUGUUUAGAAUUUUGGAAUUUCUAUUGUCGAUGCUACAACUUGCUAAUAAAGAUGGACGUGUGGAAGAGGCUGCCCCUGGAAAAGGAAUUUUAUCUAUUGCUAGGGGAACUAAGCAACUUGAGGCAUAUGUUCAUGCCAUUCUUAAAAACACAAAUCGUAUAAUAAUGUAUUGCUUUUUGCCUACAUUUUUAAAUUCCAUUGGUGAAGGUAAUCUAUUUUCAGUUUUGAAUUGUCAUUCUGAGGGGUCCAAGGGGUUAUCCUUCGACGGAAUACAAGAUGAGUCUACUGUUGACAUAUGCACAAUUUUGCAGCUGUUAAGUGCUAACAAGCGGCUGAUACUCUGCCCAAGCAAUCUUGAUACUGAUCUAAUUUCUUGCCUGUGUGUAAAUUUGAUUGCGCUUCUUAAUGACAAAAGAUCAACAGUUAGAAACCAGGCAGUUGACAUUAUCAAAUACUUACUAUUGCAUCGUCGUCCUGCAGUUGAAGAAUUUCUUGUGUCAAAGCCAAACCAAGGGCUUACUUUGGAUGUUUUGCAUGAUGGUUUUGACAAAUUAUUGACAGGAAACUCCUCUACAUUUUUUGACUGGUUUCAGAAUUCUCAUAGAGCCGUCAAUAAAGUCUUGGAGCAGUGUUCAUCUAUCAUGUGGAUGCAAUAUGUUGCUGGGUCAGCAAAGUUUCCUGGAGUGAGAAUUAAAGGGAUGGAAGUACGCCGAAAGAGGGAUAUGAGUAGAAAAGCACGGGACUCAUCAAAGAUAAAUAUAAAACAUUGGGAACAAAUAUACGAGCGAAGGAAUGUUCUUGAAUCUGGUCGAGAUUUAAUGUCUACAGAACUAAGAGCUAUUCGCCAGGAUAAAUAUGGUUGGGUUCUACAUGCUGAAAGUGAGUGGCAAACCCAUCUUCAGCAACUUGUUCAUGAAAGAGGGAUUUUUCCUGUAAGGCAUGCGUCUGCGCAGCCUGAAUGGCAGCUAUGUCCUAUUGAAGGUCCAUAUAGGAUGCGAAAGAAACUUGAACGUUCUAGACUAAAAAUUGAUACAAUUCAAAACAUCCUUGCCUGGAGUUUUGAGCUAGAAAAGACAGAUCCUGGAAAUGAAAAGCAUGAAAUUGCUGCUGAUACAUCUGGAUCUGAGUCAGACUCAUACUUUAAUUUAUUAUCAAAUGGAAAUCAGGGGAAAAACUAUGAUGGUGCUGACCAUGAAGACAUUUUAGUAGAAAAUGAUGGUUCCAAAAUUGAAAGCUUGACAUCUGUGCAGAUUGGGUGGAAUGAUGACUUCUCCAAUAUGCACCAACCAAGUGUUCAAUCUGCCACAGAAGUUGGUGGCAAGUCGAGUUCGUUCUCUGUGCCUAUGACAUAUGGCAAAAGAUCUGAACUAGGAUCCCCCAGGCAAAUAUUUUCAUUUAAGGUUGAUGAGGUGAGAAUUUCAGAGGAUAAACAAGAGAAGGAACAGCUUGAUAAUGGUGAAUAUCUCGUCAGGCCUUUCCUUGAACCUUCAGAAAAGCUACGAUUCAGUUAUAACUGUGAACGGGUUGUUGGACUUGACAAGCAUGAUGGUAUAUUUCUUAUAGGAGACUUUUGCUUAUACAUCAUUGAGAACUUCUAUAUCGAUGAUUCUGGAUGCAUUUGUGAAAAAGCAAGUGAGGACGAUCUUUCAGUGAUUGAUCAAGCAUUGGGUGUGAAGAAGGACACUUCAAUUAUCAGUGAGUUCCAAGAAAAAUCUCCUUCAACAUGGGACAUGCCAGCAAAGACAAUGGCUGGUGGAAGAGCGUGGGCAUACAAUGGAGGUGCUUGGGGAAAGGAAAAGGUUUGUAGUACUAGAAACUUGUCACACCCAUGGCACAUGUGGAAGCUUGAUAGCAUUUGUGAACUUCUGAAACGAGAUUACCAGCUUCGUCCUGUUGCUAUUGAGGUAUUUAGCAUGGAUGGCUGUAACGAUCUUCUGGUUUUCCAUAAGAAGGAGAGAGAGGAAGUCUUCAAAAACUUGGUCGCAAUGAACCUUCCACGGAAUAGCAUGUUGGACUCAACAAUAUCUGGGUCAUCAAAAAAAGAAGGCAAUGAGGGAAGUCGCCUUUUUAAGAUCAUGGCAAAGUCCUUCUCAAAACGAUGGCAAACUGGAGAAAUCAGCAAUUUUCAGUACCUCAUGCACCUUAACACUCUUGCAGGACGUGGGUACAGUGACCUUACUCAAUAUCCAGUAUUUCCAUGGAUUCUUGCAGAUUAUGUAAGUGAAAAUCUGGAUUUGAAGAAUCCUCAGACAUUCCGAAAACUUGAUAAACCAAUGGGAUGCCAAACAGCAGAAGGAGAGGAAGAGUUCAAGAAACGUUAUGAAACCUGGGAUGAUCCUGAUGUUCCCAAAUUUCACUAUGGUUCCCAUUAUUCCAGUGCCGGAAUUGUACUUUUCUAUCUUGUUAGGCUGCCACCAUUCAGCGCAGAAAAUCAGAAGCUACAAGGAGGACAGUUUGAUCAUGCAGACCGUUUGUUCAAUAGUGUGAGGGAUACAUGGUCUAGUGCAGCUGGGAAAAGCAACACAUCAGAUGUGAAGGAACUAAUUCCAGAAUUCUUUUAUAUGCCUGAGUUUCUUGAGAACCAUUUCAACCUGGACUUAGGAGAGAAACAGUCAGGUGAAAAGGUGUGCAAUGUUGUUCUACCCCCUUGGGCCAAAGGUAGCCCUAGAGAAUUCAUAAGGAGGCACCGAGAAGCUUUGGAAUCAGAUUAUGUUUCUGAAAAUCUGCACCACUGGAUAGACCUUAUAUUUGGAUAUAAGCAGAGAGGGAAGGCUGCCGAAGAAGCUACUAAUGUUUUCUAUCACUACACGUACGAAGGAAAUGUGGAUAUAGAUUCAAUUACAGAUCCUACUAUGAAGGCCUCAAUCUUAGCCCAGAUAAAUCAUUUUGGUCAGACACCUAAACAGUUAUUCCAGAAGCCUCAUCCUAAGAGGCGAACUGACAGGAAAAUUCCCCCUCAUCCUCUUCGGUACAGUUCGAAUCUUGUUCCCCAGAAAAUUCGACGAUCUUCUUCUUUUAUAUCUCAGAUUGUGACAUUCAAUGAAAAGGUUCUUGUUGCUAAGGCAAAUAGCGUAAUUAGACCAGUAACUUAUAACAAAUAUAUAUCAUGGGGCUUUCCCGAUAGAAGCUUGAGGAUACUUAGCUACGAUCAGGAUAAACUUCUCUCCACUCAUGAAAAUCUUCAUUGCGGAAGCCAGAUUCAAUGUGCUGGUGUCAGUCAUGACGGUCAGUUUCUAGUGACUGGAGCAGAUGAUGGUGUUGUCGCAGUUUGGAGAUUCGACAAGGAUAACCGAUUGAGUAAUGGGAGGGCCCUUUGCGCUCAUACUGGAAAGAUAACAUGCAUCUAUGUCAGCCAGUCCUACUCUCUUAUCGUGACUGGUUCUGACGAUUGUAGUGUAAUUUUGUGGGAUCUGACUAACCUAGCUUUUGUGAAGCAGCUUCCACUGUUCCCUGCACCGAUAUCAGCUGUCCAUGUGAAUGAGCUCACUGGAGUAGUGCUGACUGCUGCUGGCAUUCUACUUGCAAUUUGGAGUGUGAAUGGAGAUUGCCUCGCAGUCAUCAACACCUCGCAGCUCCCUUCCGAUUUUAUUUUGUCAGUUACAAGCGUUACACAUUCUGAUUGGCAAGAUACAAAUUGGUUUGCGACUGGCCAUCAGAGCGGAGCGGUGAAGGUUUGGAACAUGCUGCAUUACUCGACAGACGAAGCGAACACCAGGAGUAGGCCACCAAAAACCACCACUGCUGCAGGAGGAUUGGCUUUAUGUGGGAAGCUUCCUGAAUACAAUUUGAUUUUGCACAAAGUGCUCAAGUCCCAUAAGCAUCCGGUGACAGCACUUCAUGUUACGAGUGAUCUAAAACAAAUGCUGAGCGGGGAUUCAAGUGGACACUUGCUAUCGUGGACUGUUCCCGACGAUAGUUUGAAAGCUUCCGGAGGCCUAGGAUGAUUAUAGUUGAGUCAAUCUGCUAAGGCUUUAAGAAAGCUCGGGUCUGUGAAUCUGUGACCUAAUUUUGAUCACUGGCUGACCACUGUUUCGGUAGGGCAACUGUCUGUUUGCCUACAUGAGCCUUUUGGACCAUCACAGAACAGCAUGCCAAUAUUUUGAACGGAGUUUAUGGGCUAUGACGAUAACUGGCAAUAAGGCAACCGAGCUUACAAAUAGCAGUGGCUUAGCCAACAUUUUUUUCCCUUUUUUUUGGUGGCACCGCAAGCAGGGAUGCUGCAUUCUGAUCCCCAUGCACUGUAUGCUGUUGUUUUUAUACCUGUUGUGGUGUAAAUAGGCGAUAACAGGUCAUUCCACAUUACGUUGUAUAGGACAUGCAAUAUGCAUAGAAUACUUUUGGAGGGGGGAGUGGGGGUGUGUAAUAGGUUUUUGGGGGUGUCUGUAAGUGAGGAAGGGGCUUCAUAUACGUUAAUUAAUGACAUUGUUUUUGUUGUUUAUUAUUCCAGAGGGUGUAA